AUGUUAUGGCCGAGAGUUGUGUUUGUCGAUAAAAUUGACGAUCUGAACUCCACUGUGAAUCAAAUCGUAGGAAUUGCUCGGGACGUAGAUGGUUUUAAUGAGAUAAAUAGAGACGACAUAGAAAAAAUGAUGAAUAACUAUGAUCAGGAGCUUACAUUGGAGGAGCUGGAAGAAAUUACCGCAAUCCAAAACGAACCAAAUCAAUCUAACCAGAAUGACGAGGAAGAAGAGCACGUGAAGUUGGAAUUUUCCUCAAAAUAG